ACGCAAUUCAUAUGAUACUUAAAGUUUAACCACAAAUUUUGUAGAGAAUAAAUUAAUAUAUGAUAUAAUGUUAAAAUUAAAUAUAACCUAAUUUUAAAUAAUGAUUAUAAUGAUUUUUAAUAACGUGUCAUUCAUACGCUAAUCAGACUUAUCCAAUUUAUCCCUCGCUUAAUGAUUUCGCAUAUUAUAAUAGAAAUUGUCAUCGUCUUACCAUCCUCGUACUCGUCCUCCUUUUCUCUUCCAGCAGUUUCCGUCGCAAUCCAAAAAAUGCUAAAUCGAUUCAUCACCUAACACAAACGACGAAGCUUCACGCAAUCUCGCCGGUUUAGCUUUUUUCGUGUAAUAGGUUCCGUAAUAUGAAGAAAAUUUUCCAUUCCUGUUUCCUCGCAUGAAUGGUCGUCGCAGGCCGCCAUGAAUUUCUCCUACAAUUCUUCUGGAUCCAGCUCUUGGACUAUUGGAGAGCGGAUUUGCGCUGCGCUUGUUCCAUUUGCGGCUUUAAUCGAGGUUUUGAUUUUUGCUGUCGCUAAUUGCUUCGAGUUACGGCCACGGGUUAAGAGAAACGCUUACCGCUUCACUGAUCUUGCUGAUCUUGCCCAUCAAUCUCGAUUUACCGUUAACGAAGUGGAGGCGUUGUAUGAGCUGUAUAAGAAGUUGAGUAGUUCCAUGAUCGACGAUGGAUUGAUUCAUAAGGAAGAACUUCAGUUGGCAAUCUUCAGAACUCCUAAUGGCGAGAAUCUCUUCUUUGACCGGGUUUUUGAUCUUUUUGAUGAAAAGAAAAAUGGUGUAAUCGAGUUUGAUGAAUUUGUCCAUGCACUAAGUGUGUUCCACCCCUGUGCUCCUUUGGAAGAAAAAAUAGAUUUUGCAUUUAGGUUGUAUGAUUUGAGACAAACUGGAUUUAUCGAGCGAGAAGAAGUUAGGCAAAUGUUGGUUGCCCUUUUGAUGGAAUCUGAUGUUAAUUUGCCGGAUGAACUCCUUGAUGAUAUCAUAGACAAGACAUUUGCUGAAGUUGAUGCUGACAAGGAUGGUAAAAUCGGCAAAGAUGAAUGGAAAAUAUUUGUGGUAAAACAUCCAUCUAUUUUGAAGAACAUGACCCUUCCUUAUUUGAAGGACAUAACCACCGUAUUUCCAAGCUUUAUUUUCAACACUGAGGUUGAAGACUGAAUGUGAAGCUCAUCUGGGUGUUUCCGAAAGCCAAUCGUUUAAAAGAUUCAUUUAUGCAUAGCAAACUGCUUUGUGCUGUAAAUUAUGGAGUUUUGCAGGGACAGAGAAGCCAUUGUUUGCGGAAGCAAGACCAGAGUUGUGGCAUCACAAGGUCAUCCUUGCCAAUUAUAGCUCCAUGGCAUUUCAUUUUUUGAUGAUCUAAUCUAACCCGUGUUGUACAGUUCUUGUUAUGGUUCUGUCUAGUUACUAUUGUUGCCUCAAUUUGUGAAUUUAAGCGUUAAAUACACAUCCUUCAGGGUUUGUUGA